GAUUGAGUCAUCACCCAGAGAGAGAGAGAGAGAAUGGCUACUCUCCGACUUGUCAUCAUCAUCUUCUCAGCCGCAACAGUUUUCUUCCAGGGCCCUUCCAUGGCGGCGCUGAAGGAACCGAAUAAACCUCACGCCUUUAUCUUACCGGUGGCGAAAAACAUGAACUCCGGUCUCUACUCUGUCGCAAUCGGCUUCGGGACAAAACCGACAGUGUCGACCGAGUUUGCCCUAGACCUCGGAGGAAGGUUCCCAUGGUACGAGUGUUUCACCCCUGGCUACAACUCCUCCUCCUACCGUCCCAUCCGCUACGGCUCACCCAAAUGCAAGCUCGCCGAGGACACGUCUCCUCUUGACUGCGCGGUAGGAGUCCCUGUGAGUCCCGGUUGCUCGAACCAUUCAUGUCAGGUAGCUUCGUACAAUCCAAGCUACAGCGUAGGUUGUGGCGGAGGCUUGGCCCAAGACGUGAUGAGCUUCAUAUCGACUCCUGACGGCUCUGGACUUGGCUCCCGUUUCGACUCGCCCCCUUUGAUAUUCGCCUGCUGCUCUUUCGAUUUAAUCCCCUCCUCGGAUUCAUCCCUCGGCAUGCUCGGUCUGUCGAGGCACGUGCUCUCUCUUCCCAUGCAGCUCUCGUCCGCCUUCAAGAUUCCGCGUAAAUUCGCUCUCUGCCUUCCUUCCAAGCCCAAAGGAUCUGGCUAUGGCGACCUUUUCAUCGGCGGCGGCCCUUAUUCCCUUCCUCCUCUCUCCGGCGACGCUUCCCAUCUCUUCGCCAGCACCCCCCUGCUCGUCAACCCCGUCAACGAAAGGUACAAAGGCGUACCCUCAUACGAAUACUUCAUCGGCGUGAAAUCCAUAAAGAUAGAGGGAGAAGCGGUUCCUCUAAAGAAAUCUCUACUCUCGAUUCGCAAAGACGGGAGCGGUGGGACCAAACUGAGCAUGGCCAGCCCCUUUACCUAUUUUCACCCUUCCAUCUUCGAGCCCUUCUAUGAAGCCUUCAUGGCGAAGGCCACGGAGAAGAAGAUGGUCCAAGUAUGGGCAGACGACACUACGUAUAUCACAUGUUUCGACAAGAAGAGCAUAAGAAGAAGGGGAACCAACGGACCGGACGACGUGCCCGAGAUCGAGCUUGUGCUGCAGAGCGGCGGGAUAUGGAGGAUCCAUGGCUCGGACUAUAUGGUGGAUCUCGAUGAACGCAAGACGUGUCUGCAGUUGUUCGACGGAGGGCCAGACGCCGUGGCCGGGAUCGUGAUCGGAACACGUCUUCUAGAGGAUAAUCUGAUAGAGAUUGAUCUGGAAUCCUCCAAGUUCAGUGUCACUUCUUCGCUUCUAGUUCAUAACACUUCUUGUUCUCGUUUCAGAACUGCUUGACUGGUUGAUGUCGCGUCUCGUGUUCUCAUGUUAUGUUUUCAUUUGACUAAUAAAGCGGUCACAUUGUAUGACCAGUGACCACGCAGAAUCUCGUGCUAUUUUUAUGGAACGUGAAUUUUCGUUCCUCCUUAAUAUUUCCACGUCAUACGAAGUUAUACCUAA